GGGCCGCAGCGGCUUGCCCAGCUCGCAUUCUCCGAACGUGCCCGGGCUGCUGCAACCCGCGCCCGGCGCGCUCGGAGAAGAGAGCGAUGGGCAGGAGAUGAACGGGAUUUCCCCGCUGUUUGGCCCUCGAAGAGCACCUGCUCCCUUCUCCUGGCGGUUCCAGGGUUGCAGACCUAGCAGAAAUCUGGUUGGAAUUGGAAGUAAAAAAAAAAAAAAGCCAAUGGAUUCUUUUCCUAAUUUAUCUGCAGAGAACUCAACGAUUAUAGUCAAUAUGACCAAUAAUUUGUCUACAACAGUAACAUAUGGAUUGAAUUCCACUAAUGACUCGCCUUCAAUGUCAAUAACAAGGCUUUUCCCAGCUUUACUAGAAUGCUUUGGCAUAGUACUUUGUGGUUAUAUAGCAGGAAGGGCUAAUGUUAUAACAUCAACCCAGGCCAAAGGACUGGGAAAUUUUGUUUCCAGAUUUGCACUACCAGCUUUAUUAUUUAAAAACAUGGUCGUACUUAAUUUUUCCAAUGUGGAUUGGGCUUUUUUAUAUAGUAUCUUAAUUGGCAAAGCUUCUGUAUUUUUCAUUGUAUGUAUAUUAACCUUAUUGGUUGCCAGUCCUGAGAGUCGAUUUAGCAAAGCUGGACUAUUCCCUAUUUUUGCUACACAAAGUAAUGACUUUGCAUUGGGAUACCCUAUAGUUGAAGCUUUGUAUCAAACUACAUACCCAGAAUAUCUUCAGUACAUUUAUUUGGUGGCACCAAUAUCUCUUAUGAUGCUAAACCCUAUAGGGUUUAUCUUCUGUGAAAUCCAGAAAUCUAAAGAAAAUCAAAAUGCUUCACAAAACAAAGUAAAAAUUGUGGGACUUGGAUUUCUACGUGUGUUACAGAACCCAAUAGUAUUUAUGGUCUUCAUUGGCAUUGCUUUCAAUUUUAUUCUUGAUAAAAAGGUGCCUGUAUAUAUGGAAAAUUUUCUUGAUGGACUUGCAAACUCUUUUUCUGGAUCAGCCCUAUUUUAUCUUGGUCUUACAAUGGUAGGAAAAUUAAGGAGAUUGAAGAAAUCAGCAUUUGUUGUACUAACUCUUCUCAUCACAGCUAAACUCCUGGUGCUGCCACUUCUGUGCAGAGAAAUGGUGGAACUCUUGGACAAGGGUGACAGUGUAGUGAACCAUACAAGUUUAUCGAAUUAUGCAUUUUUGUAUGGGGUCUUCCCUGUAGCACCAGGAGUGGCUAUCUUUGCAACACAGUUCAACAUGGAAGUAGAGAUUAUAACUUCAGGGAUGGUAAUAAGCACAUUGGUGUCUGCUCCAAUCAUGUAUGUUUCUGCUUGGUUACUGACCUUUCCCACUAUGGACCCUAAGCCACUGGCAUAUGCCAUCCAGAAUGUCAGUUUUGACAUAAGUAUUAUCAGCUUGGUCUCCUUGAUCUGGUCUCUGGCUAUUCUUCUCUUGAGUAAGAAAUAUAAACAGCUUCCUCAUAUGCUUACUACUAAUUUGCUCAUUGCUCAGUCCAUUGUCUGUGCUGGAAUGAUGAUAUGGAAUUUUGUUAAGGAAAAAAAUUUUGUUGGACAAAUUUUGGUGUUUGUUCUAUUGUACAGCUCCCUGUAUAGCACCUACCUGUGGACAGGCCUUCUGGCAAUUUCUUUAUUUCUUUUGAAAAAACGAGAGAGCAUUGAAAUUCCUGUUGGAAUCAUCAUAAUAUCUGGCUGGGGAAUUCCUGCUCUCCUUGUUGGUGUGCUUUUGAUAACUGGGAAACACAAUGGAGAUAGCAUUGACUCAGCCUUCUUUUAUGGAAAAGAGCAGAUGAUCACCACAGCAGUCACCCUGUUCUGCAGCAUCCUGAUGGCGGGUGUGUCGCUCAUGUGCAUGAACCGCACCACUCAAGCUGGACACUAUGAAGGCUUUGGCCAGCAACAGAGCCAUAAACCAGUGGAUCCUGGAAACACUGCUUUUGAGGAGAGUUCAACACCAGCAAAUGCACCAGAACUUUUCACAAGUUCUAUCCCAGAAACAAGUUGCUGCUCUUGCUCCAUGGGAAAUGGUGAAUUACACUGCCCAUCAACAGAACCAGUAGCAAACACAAGCACUAGUGGGCCUGUGACUCCUUCGUUUGAGAAAAAUGAUCACUGUGUGAGCCGCUGUAACUCCCAGAGCUGCAUAUUAGCCCAAGAGGAAGAACAGUAUCUGCAGAGUGGGGACCAGCAACUGACAAGACAUGUCUUGCUGUGUCUACUUCUCAUUAUUGGCUUGUUUGCUAAUCUUUCCAGUUGUUUGUGGUGGUUAUUCAACCGAGAGCCUGGAAAACUAUAUGUUGAGUUGCAGUUUUUUUGUGCCGUGUUUAACUUUGGCCAGGGAUUUAUUUCCUUUGGAAUCUUUGGAUUGGACAAACAUUUAAUCAUCCUACCUUUCAAAAGAAGGCUUGAAUUUCUAUGGAAUAAUAAAGAAACAGCAGAAAACAGAGAUUCUCCUGUUUCUGAGGAAAUAAAAAUGACCUGUCAACAAUUUAUCCAUUAUCAUCGUGACCUCUGUAUUCGAAACAUUGUCAAGAAAAGAAGGUGUGGUGCAAAGACUUCUGCUGGGACCUUCUGUGGCUGUGACCUGGUGAACUGGCUCAUUGAAGUUGGCCUUGCCUCUGAUCGUGGUGAAGCUGUACUAUAUGGAGACAGACUGGUACAAGGGGGUGUCAUCCAACAUAUUACCAAUGACUAUGAAUUUCGGGAUGAGUACUUGUUUUACAGAUUUCUUCAAAAGAGUCCUCAACAAAGUCCUCCUGCUACUCAUGCAAACACCCCUCAACAGGAAAGCUAUAAAGUAAUUGAGCAUUCAUCCCCAUCCUCACUUUCCCCUAAGAUAUAAAUUAUGAAGCAAGGAACCCCACAAGAAUAAUCAUGUCUAUCACUUUUUGGCUUUGUGACCUUGGGCAAGUUCCAGCCUCUCUGAGCCUCAGUUACUUUUUUUGUAAAACCUGGUAAAACACAUCCCUACCCCAAACUGACAUCAUGUGAUCUUAUGUGUAUAUAAAACACAUUGGAAACAUAAGGAAAAGGGAAAAGUUCAGGUUCUGAUAAUGAAUAAUUACUAGAAUACUAACAUGCCAACAUUUAAAGUAAUUUCUUCCUAUAACUGCUAUAAUUUAAAACUCAACACUGACUAUCCUUUAAACUGUCAAGUUCAGUAAAUUUACUGCUAGACAAAUGCACCUUAAAUUAUAUCAGUUUACACUUAUUGAUAGAAUUCUUAAAAAAAAGAAUUUUAAUAAUUCUAAAAGGUCCUUAUUCUUUUAAUUUUUCCAUUUCUUUGACAAAUAUUAUUUAUUUACAAACUAAAGGUAUUACUUUUUAAGGUUUGUAUUUCUUGCGUUUCUACGCAAAAUACUAAAGUACAUGUCAUUAGGAAAGGAAUACAAUGGAUAUGAGGGCAAUGGGGCUGUGGCAUCUGUCUCCCCACUGAUCACCAGGAUUGAUUCCAGAAUCUGGCUGGCGAGGCCUGGCAGGCUGCAUGGGUGUCCCCUUCUUCCCUCACCACUCCAUGUGGGUCCCUCCUGAAGCUGUGCAAUUAGACAAAGAGGAUAGCCUUCUCCAAGACAGGGAGAUGUUCUUCAGACACAAGUGUAUAUAAAUGGCUGCAUUACCCAGCCAGAACCAACAAACAAGCUCUCAAAGAAGGGAAUAACACCAUCAGAGACAUUCAUCAUCUCCAUAAUCCUUUAACAAAAGUAUAAUCUGAUCUUUUACUACAGGCAAUUUGAACAUAUUCAUUUAAGUGUUACUAAAAUUGUGCUAUGUAAUGUAUCAUCUCUGGAAUUUGCAAAAUAUUAAAAUGCAGAAUAACUCUAGCAAUAAUUUGUUCCCUGCAGUGAAGAAAGAAAAAAAUUGUAAAAAGGAAAAAAAAGAUACAUACAUGUGUGAAGAUAAUAUCUUAAAAUUCUAAAUCUACCAUUCUACCACUGUUUAGAAUUCAGUUUUUUUAAAGUGCCUAUGUAGCUGGACACCAGUAGCUCACACUUAUAAUCCUAGUUAUUUCAGGAGUCUGAAAUCUGGAGGAUCAUAAAGCUAGCCUAGGCAGAAAAGUUUGCUAGACUCUAUUUCCAAAGCAGGGCUGGAAAUAUAGCUCAAGUGGUAAACAGCCUAGCAAGGGUGAGGCCCUCAGUCCAAACCCCACUACCACCAAAAACUUUUUUUAAAAUUACUUCUUAAAAUUUACUACUUGUUUCUGUUUUAGUCCAUUAAGACUGAUAAAACAAAAUGGCAUAUGCUGGAUGGCCUAUAAACAACAGAAAACUAGCCCUGUAAAACACUGUAAAACAGUGAGGGCCUUGAUCCUGAUUCACAGAUGGUAUCUUCCUGUCUUUCUAGUAUACUAAUGAUGUCUCCCAUGGUAGAAGGGGAAGAACUCUGGUCUCUUUGACCCUUUAAAAGGGUGCUAGUCCCAUGCUUGUGGGCUCUACCUUGUGACCUAAACACCUCCCCAAAAUGCCAUCAAAUUGUGAACUUGCGGGGAGACAGAAACAAGCUUUACCUUCAAAAAAUUAAAAAGUAAACCAUUUACAUGACGUUUGAACAUCAACUUAAUUAUUAUCAGUGCUGGUUUAACUUAUUUAAAACAUUAAAAUAUUUAUCUCAUAUUUUUAGAGUUUCAUAUAUAAAAAACCAUGUAGAAAAUUAUAGUUAGUGCCAUUAAAAGCAAAAAAGAACCUGCAUGGAAGCUGAGUGUAGUUAACGGGGAGUUUAUUCUUUAGUGUACUAUUAACAUUAACAUACACCAAUUUUAUGAUUAGGGAAUGGGGAUAUUUUAAGCAGAACAGUCUUGCUGUGAAACCUUUUAAAAAUAUGACAUUAUGACUCUGAAUGCUCAGGAGUAAGCUUAAAGCCUCACUGUUUUACUAGGAGACUUUCAUAGUUGAGCAAAGAGAUAGAACUUGCAUGCAUGCAGGCAACUCAAGUUCAAGUGGUGAGUUUGUGCGAACAAAUCAUACUCCAUACAUUCUGCAAUUUGCACAAUGGACUUUUUUUUCCAUGGGCUACACUAAAGAAAACCCUGGAUCAAAAUGAUAUGAUAUGCAAUUUCAGAUAAUAAAGAGAUGUUUUUAGAAUUAAUGAUAUAUUAAUUUUAUUAAGUGAAAAUAUUUGUAAUUGUAACUUUCUCACUGACAAAGCACGUUUCUCAAUAAAGUUAUCUAUUUUAACUUGAA